UCACGAUACAGUGAAAAGGAAUCUUGACAGCACCACCGCCCCUCAGAAUGGCGAGCAACAGAAUGGCUAUGGAGACCUCUUUCCUGGGCAUAAGAAGACCCGCCGGGAGGCCCCUCUGGGUGUGGCCCUGUCUGCCAAUGGGCUGCCCCCUGCCUCACCCCUCAGUCAGCCUGACAAGCCUUCCUCAGGAGAGGCCCUGCAGGCUGCUGGGAAGCACUCCCUGGGGCUAGACUCCAUCAACAAAAAAUGUCUGCCAGACCCUGGCCUCCACCUGAAUGGAGGCAGUAAUGCUGGUGAGUCCUUUGCUCUAAGCCUGAGUAAGGAACUGAAGCAGGAGCCCGUUGACGACUUGCCGUGCAUGAUCGCCGGAGCUGGAGGCUCCAUCUCACAGAGCAACCUCAUGCCCGACCUCAACCUCAACGAGCAGGAGUGGAAGGAGCUCAUCGAGGAGCUAAACAGGUCAGUGCCCGACGAAGACAUGAAGGACCUGUUUACUGAGGACUUUGAAGAGAAGAAGGACCCAGAGCCUUCCAGUUCCGCUACACAGACCCCCUUGUCCCAAGACAUUAAUAUUAAGACAGAAUUCUCUCCAGCAGCCUUUGAGCAGGAGCAGUUAGGCUCUCCACAAGUGAGGGCGGGGUCGGCAGGACAGACCUUCCUGGGACCUCCUCCCACAUCUGUGAGCGCCGACUCCCCCAGCCUUGGGGGCUCUCAGACCUUGUUCCACACCUCUGCUCAGCCUGGAGCGGAUAACCCCAGUCCAAACCUGAUGCCAGCAUCAGCCCAGGCCCAGAGUGCACAGCGAGCCCUCACAGGGGUGGUGUUGUCUGGCCAGGGCCCAGGAGGGGUCCCCGAACUUUCCUCUGCCCACCAGCUCCAGCAGAUUGCUGCUAAGCAGAAGCGUGACCAGAUGCUCCAGAACCCACCCCAGGCUGCCGCAGCACCAGGCCAGGUGUCCACGUGGCAGCAGACAGGGCCCUCCCACAGCCCCUUAGAUGUCUCUUAUCCAGUAGAGAAGCCUGCCAGCCCUGUUGCCUACAAGCCUGACUUCCCCAGCUCCCAGCUGCUCAUGAUGCCUGGAGUGAAUAAGAGCUCCCCUCGGCCCGGAGGCCCCUUCCUUCAGCCUGGCCAUGUGAGCUUGCUGAGUCACCAGCCGCCAAGUAACUUGAGUCAGAACUCCGUGGCUAACCAAGGAUCGGUGCUGGACUAUGGCAAUACCAAACCUCUUUCUCAUUAUAAAGCAGACUGUGGGCAAAGCGGCCCCGGAUCUGGCCAGAGCAAGCCAGCUCUGAUGGCCUACCUCCCCCAGCAGCUGCCUCAUCUGAAUAGCGAGCAAAAUCCCUUGUUUCUAAUGAAACCAAAGCCAGGAAAUAUGCCCUUCCGGUCACUGGUUCCACCUGGUCAGGAGCAGAAUCCUUCCAGUGUCUCCGUGCCAGCCCAGGCCACCAGUGUCGGGACCCAGCCUUCUGCUGUGUCCGUGGCCACCACGCACAACAGCGCCCCAUAUCUCAGCAGCCAGCAACAAGCAGCUGUCAUGAAGCAGCAUCAGUUGCUUUUAGACCAGCAGAAACAGAGGGAGCAGCAACAGAAGCAUUUGCAGCAGCAGCAGCAGUUCCUACACAGGCAGCAGCAGCAGCUUCUGGCAGAGCAGGAGAAGCAGCAGUAUCAGCGCCAUCUGACCCGCCCGCCGCCUCAAUACCAAGAUCCAACACAAAGCCCCUUCCCUCCCCAGGUGGGACAGUUCACAGGAUCUGCAGCCACCGUGUCUGGCAUGAGCCACCUGGGUCCAUCCAACCCCAGCUGUCCUCGCGUGUUUCCUCAGCCUGGGAGUCUGAUGCCCAUGGGCCCUGGACACUCCUCAGUCUCCUCGCUCCCCCCCAGCUCAGGCCCACAGGACCGAGGUGUGGCCCAGUUCCCCGGCUCCCAGAGCAGUCUCUAUGGCCUGGCCUCUGGCAUGACUCAGAUGGUCACCCAGCCCCCGCCACAGGCUGCUGAUGGACACGCCCACAUUCCGAGGCAGCCUGGCAUGGGCCCGGGCCCUGGGGUGCCAGCUGCCUAUGGACAGAACUCUCUGGGGAGCUCUGGCCUCUCCCAGCAGCACAACAAGGGGACUCUGACCCCUGGCUUAACCAAGCCACCCGCUGCAAGGGUGCCAGCGGCCAUUGGAGGCCAGAACGCCUUGUGGCAACACCAGGGAAUGCCAAGCCUGAGCAGCCAGACCCCGGGAAGCAGCGGUGUGAGCCCCUUCACUGCUGCCUCCGCUUUCCACGCGCAGCAGGCCCGCCUGAAGCUGUCCGGGGCACCAUUCUCCCCGGCCGUGCCCGGUAGGCCCGUGGCCCCCAUGAGCUCUGCUGCUGCAGCAGGGUCCAUGCUGCCCCCUGCGAGCGCACAGCAGAGGACCAGCGCCCCUGGGCCCGCACCUCCCCCGGCGACCCCACAGCCAGCCCUGUCUGGCCUGAGCCCCGCAGGGCCUGAGCUGAGCGCCUUAUGCCAGAGCCCUGCUUCGCAGAUGGGCAACCGAGCAGGACUGCACUGUGCCCAGGCCUUUCCCGCGCGGACCACUGGCCAGGAGCUGCCCUUCACCUACAGUGGGCAGCCGGGUAGCAGCGGGCUGUCUGGUGUGGCUGGACAUACUGACCUGAUCGACUCCUUGCUGAAGAACAGGACUUCUGAGGAGUGGAUGAAUGAGUUGGACGACUUUUUAGGGUCUCAGUAGUAGAGAGUUUGUGGUGGUUUUCAUGUUCAGCUCUCCUUGUUUUUCUUCUCAGAUUCAAGAAAGAGCAACUACUUUGGACCAAAGCCCACGGCCCAGGCAGCCGGGCAGGCAGAACCCAGGCUGUAGCUGAGGCCUGGCCGGUCUGGAUCUAAGGGGUCUGAGCCAGCAGGUUUGGUCCAUUGGGCUGGCCCCGGCCCCUCUGCUGGCAUCGCUGCCUGGUGUUGGGGCAGCAGAACAGGGUUUUAAAGAUGGUCUCCAGCCCAGAUAACCAAACACCCAGCAGUAAAACCAUGCAACCCCACAGUGUCAGGCAGUCAACCCCUGUGCUUUCGUGCUGAUGUUCCAGGAUUUCCCCACUUGCCUCAAGUAUUUGGGACAGAUUUUUGCUGAAACUUUAAAUAGCAGAAUUAUUUGUAAUUUGUAGCCUAGAAAAUAAUUUCUAAAAAUUCCUACACAGAUUAGCAUAGAUGAUGGUUUAAAAUGAUCAGAUGGCAUUGGAAACCUAGUUUUCGGGGCCGGGGAGAUAGCUCAGUGGAAUAAGCACUUGCCUGGCAAGCGAAAGGACCUGAGUUCAAUCCCUGGUUCCACUGAAAAAAAAAACCCUAGUUUUCUCCCAGUGAAGAGCCUUUGUCUUCCUGCUCUGUCGGCUCAGGGGAAGAGCGUGGCUGGAAAGCCAUUUCCAUCCAUGCAGGCUGUGACCACAGAUGCCAAAAGGGACAGGAAGUUGGGAGGUCGCCAGUCCAGGCACCCCGGCAGCGCCUCCCACCUCCAGAGUAGGUCCUCCCUGAGUGUCGCUCUAUUGCACACGCCAGAGUCCCAGGCUGCAGGUGGAGAUUUGGGGGUCUAGUUGUGUUGUGCUAGGGCUCCCUGCCUUCUACAGUUUCUCUGGUAGCAUGCGUGCAGCAGGCAGGGCAACAGUUGUGCACGCAGCUCUGGCCCCGCCGGUCUUCAUCGCCCACCACUUCCUACCUGCCUGCUUCCUGUCCAGCCAGGUGGGGAGUGUCAACGCUCUCCAAGGAGGGGGAGGGGGGGCCCAGC